UACCGCUCAAUGCCUCGCAGAAUGCGGUUGCCUCUCUGUUCUCGAGAAGAAAAUGUCCCUCCUCCCCGUUUCUAAUAUGACGUCAAUUUCGAAGUGAAAGCCAUCUUGGAGUUCAGGUUUAGACCUGGAACAUGUUGGAUGUGCUCAAAUUGGCUUGCCUUUUUGCCAUCCUGGGACAAGGCAUUUCGGAAGAGACCCUACCGUAUGGCUCACUGCAUGGGGCUCCGCCCCAGAUGCCAGGACAUCAAAAUAACUUGGACCCGAGCCUACCUCGUCCACCCAUUGGAAAUGGGGCGUUUCCAGGGCGGGACCUUCCCCCGGAUGGGGUUAGGCCAACAUCCUGGAAAUGGUGGCGGUAUCACGACCUGUCGGAUAAGGAGAUUCUGGACCAUUUGGUCCAUGGACAACGCUACGACAAGCGAGAACUUCCUCCAUCUGUUGGACCUUUACUAAUCAAUACUAGCUUAACGGUGAUUUCGUUGGAUUUGCAACGCUAUUCCGAUAUCCAUCCCAGGUUGUCGAUCUCACUGGAAUUUCGCCAAUCCUGGUUUGAUCCACGCUUGAUCCACGUGGGGAACCAGAGGUACUCGUAUCUGAAUGGCAUCAACCACUUGAACAGUCUCUGGAUUCCCCAAUUGUACUUUCAAAAAAUGACCCAAGGCUCGAAUUGGGUCGAGAACGGAUCCAAGCAUUCCUUGAAGAUCUUCGUUAAUGGAAGUGUUUGGAUGUCAACCAGAAUGGAUGGUCAUUUGGAAUGUCAGAGCUCAAGUGUUGUUCAGUUUCCUUUUGACAAGAUUCAUUGUUUCAUGUCUGCUGAAAGUGUAUCUCAUUCGACCAAAGAUAUCAUGUGGCAAUGGAAGCGUAAGGGAAGGUUCAUUGGAUCAGAGUUAAGAGCUCAAACCGGAGAUCCAGAUGAGUCGCCCUCUCGUCUGAACCAUAACUUCCAAUCAUUAACCAUUGAAGACUGUCUCGCUCUUCGGACGGAAUAUUUUGGACGGGCCAACCAUAGUUGUCUUCAGGCCAAGUUCGUGUUCAACCGCAAUUUGUCGGAUUUCUUUCUAACCGUGUUCUUUCCGGAUUUCGUACUCGUCUCGUGGGCCUUGAUGACGUUUUGGAUCGACCUUCAGACCUCUUGUCUUUUACGUACUGUCCUGGCCUUCGUCACUUUUUUCAAUUGCUUCCUGACGUCGAAACACGAGGAUCAGGGCUUCAUUCACGAGAUCACAGCUGUGGAGACUUGGCACCUCAUCACAUUCCUGAUGAUCUCGGGCACGUGCUUCCAAUUGGUCAUCAUUCAAUACCUUGGUCGGAAACGAACCCGUCUCCGCACGAAACAGAAGGAGACCUUCGCCUUUCAGAACGAGCUGCAACGGUACGAGGCUCAAGCUGGAAGCAGUUGCCGGCUAUCUUCCACCUUGAGCCACACCCAUCAUCACCACCACCACCACAACAACCAAACCCCUAAUUUGGCAAGCUCAUCACUGAUCCAAGUCGAGAGUCAAUGCUGCCAAAAAUGCUCAGCUUCAAGUCCAUUUCGCGCUACGGAUUUGAGUAUGGCCGAAUCUUUGGAGGAUGCUCGAUCGAUUUCAAGCGGAAUCUUUGAAAAGAAAUUGUUCCGCGAGGAUUUGGGUAGUACCUCAAAUGAAGCCGUCAAAGCCUAUCGACAUCGACCUUCCUCAGUUCGAGAUCUGACUUUUGUCCGAAGAUUGGAUCGAAUGAGUCGAGUCUUGUUCCCAUCCGUGUACAUCUUUCUGGUUAUGACUUACUUGUGUAAAUACUUGGACUAAAGGCAAGCAUUUCCGCCGUGCUUGUUUUGGUCAUCUAUUAAUCAUAUAUUGCAAUAGUUGUUGAAAAAUGAACUCAAAUAGACAUUUGUAGAAA